GGCUCGACCCUAUGGUUCGUGUUCUACAGAGGCAAUUGCAGCUUCCGCCUCCUCCUGGCGAAGCACUUGAGCUUGAAAUGCUGAUAGCUGCCUUGCGUGCAGUUGCUUGUACAGCACCAUUGCAAGAUGGCCUGCGACGCUGCAGUGUUUGUGGUGCUGCAUUCGCAACACCGCUGCGUAUGCGGGAUCAUCUUGGCGGCCGUCGACAUUGCACUGCUGUGGCCAUGCAAUUUUCCAGUGAGAAGGGUCUGAGUUCAUCGCCCAUUGACAGGGAAGAGGCCAGUAAGAUCUUUGAAUCCUACAGCACGGUGCCACUGUCCCGAUGUCGUCCUGAGCCACCUGAUGUGGCCCUUGUGAAGUUGAAGAACGAAGGGCUGCUGAACCGAGAGCAGCAGAGCGGGAAAAGAACUGGCAGGGAGUUGUGCCAGUUGCGCUUCUGCUUUGGUUGCCAGAGGUCUUGGUGUUUGGGGAUUACAGGAUCUUACAUCGGAUCUCAGGAAGGUUCUGGAAGGGAUCUGUUCUAGCGAUUGCUUGGAGUAUUGAUCUUGAGCUUUGGAAUGCUUUGGAAUCG